AUGGCGUUGUGUUCAUGGCAAGAAGACAACGAACUAAAGAGCUCCCUUUUAAGCUUUGUUGAGCAGGGUUUGAAAAGAACAGAGAUAAUAAGUUUUGUUGAGAGAAAUUUCCCGCAGUAUACGUGGAGUAUACGCACAUUAGAUAGACGACUUCGUCACUUUGAUAUCUAUUAUCAAGAUAAAUACGUGACCGUAGAAACCCUGAGAAAUGCAGUAGCAGAAGAACUUGAUGGUCCAGGAAAACUACUUGGUUACCGUGCAUUACAUAAGAUCAGACAAGAUUGUCAUCUAAGGGUUCCAAGAGAUCUUGUGCACGCUGCAAUGUACGAUAUUGAUCCUGAAGGCUUGGAUAAUCGAGCUCCAGGAUUUAAGAAAAAGAAACAAAAAGGACAUUUCACCACCAAAGGCCCAAACUGGGUCCAUUCACUCGAUGGCCAUGACAAGCUCAUGGGCUAUCAGAACAGCACUUUCCCAUUGGCGGUAUAUGGCUGUAUCGACACUGCAACCAGAAAGUUGCUAUGGUUGCGAAUAUGGGUGACCAAUUCGGAUCCUAAGUUCAUAGGCCGCUGGUAUUUGGAAUAUUUAUACGAGUCACCGUUGAUUUCCUCUUUUAUGAGGUUGGACAAAGGGACAGAGACCGGAGUGAUGGCAACUAUGCAUGCUUUCCUUAGAAGAAACCAUGGGGAUGAAGAUGCAUGCGACACUGUGCUGUAUGGACCAUCCACGUCUAAUCAAAUUGAGCGGUGGUGGAAAGAACUGCAUGAGAGGCUUGAAAAAUAUUUCAAGGUUCAUUUACUGGUUCUAAAAAAUGAUGGCCACUAUAAUCCAGAAAAUGACACUCACAGGAUGCUUCUGGCCAUUCUCAUGAUCCCCCUAAUGCAGAAACAGCUAGACAUAUUUAAAGACACAAUUUGGAACACACACCGCAUCCAGAAACAGAAAGAUGCAGAAUUACCUGCAGGAAUUCCAAAUCAUAUGUAUGGUUUUCCCCAGGAGUAUGAGAUGGAGGAAUGUGGUUGGGUUGUUUCAGAAGAACAACUACAAGAAGUUGGAAAUGAGUCUGGCGUGUUGGAUAUAAAUGACGAUUUCUUGGAACCUGAGUUCAGACAGGCCUGUGAGAGAGUAAUUCCUCAACCAGAAGAUGUUGCCCCUAAAGACAUUCAGAAUGCAUUUUUGUUUCUAAAACAAAACAUAACAAUGCCAGAAUAA